GCCUCGGUGGGCGUGGUUCCUGGCUAGGGGCGGGGCCCACCCUGCAUGUUGGGGCGUUAAAUGCCCCCCGUCCUGGUGGUGCAGCGCAGUCGCCGCCCGCCCCCCGCUUCGCCGACCAUGGGCGGCCGGAAAGUCUGUAUCGUGGGCUCCGGGAACUGGGGCUCAGCCAUCGCCAAGAUCGUGGGCAACAAUGCGGCCAAGCUGGAGCAGUUUGACACCACAGUGAACAUGUGGGUAUUUGAGGAGGAGGUGAGUGGGAAGAAGCUCACCGAAAUCAUCAACAUGCAACAUGAGAACGUCAAAUACCUGCCAGGGCACAAGCUGCCACCUAAUGUGGUGGCAGUGCCAGACCUGCUGAAGGCCUCAGCUGGGGCAGACAUCCUCAUCUUUGUGGUGCCCCACCAGUUCAUCGGCAAACUCUGUGAGCAGCUCAAAGACCAUGUGAAGAAGGAGACCAUCGGGGUAUCGCUCAUCAAGGGGGUGGAUGAGGGCCCAGAGGGGCUGAAGCUGAUCUCGCACGUUAUCCAUGAAUGGCUGGGCAUCGAGAUGAGCGUCUUGAUGGGGGCCAACAUUGCCAACGAAGUGGCAGAGGAGAAGUUCUGCGAAACGACCAUUGGCUGCAAGAACCUGGAGCAUGGGCAAAUCCUGAAGGAGCUGAUGCAGACGUGCAACUUCCGGAUCACCGUGGUACCGGAGGCUGACACCGUGGAGAUCUGCGGGGCCCUCAAGAACGUCGUAGCUGUAGGGGCUGGUUUCUGUGAUGGCCUGAGCUUUGGGGACAACACCAAGGCUGCUGUGAUUCGCCUCGGGCUGAUGGAGAUGAUCACCUUUGCCAAGCUCUUCUGCAAAGGCCCUGUCACUUCGGCCACCUUCCUGGAGAGCUGUGGGAUCGCCGACCUUAUCACCACCUGCUAUGGUGGCAGGAACCGCAGGGUGGCCGAGGCCUUUGCCAGGACCGGGAAGUCCAUUGAGCAGUUGGAGAAGGAGAUGCUGAAUGGUCAGAAGCUGCAGGGUCCCCAGACGGCCGCCGAGCUGAACCACAUCCUCAAACAGAAGAACCUGGUGGAGAAGUUCCCCCUCUUCACUGCUGUGUAUCAGAUCUGCUACGAGGACAAACCUGUCGCUGAAUUCAUCAAGUGCCUCCAGAACCAUCCUGCCCACAUGUAACUGGGCCCCAUCCGCUGAGAUGAGGAGAGAGCCACUGGUGCAGCAUGAGCCUUCAUGUACAGAGACACUGGAUCCUCCAUGAGCCAUGGCAGACCAUGGGUAAAGGAGGUCCCUUCCAUAGCCCUGGGGCUGGCUAGCCCUCAGCCUGUCGAUGCUUUCUUGAUUCUAUAUGGAAGCAACAAAUUAAACUCCCUCCUUCUCUGGGGUGUCUAAAAUUUGCUGGUCCCCAGGAUAUCCUCCUUGGGGAGGACAUGGCAUCAGUGAUGCAGCUGGUCCUGUUCAUGUGCGGCUCUUCUGGGCUUCCUUUGUGAGUUGUCUGUAGAUGAAGCAUGUGGAGGUUGCUUUGGCUGUGAGGACAGUCUGCUUUUGCGUGCUGCAUCCCUGACAGGGGACUGCCUGGCAGGGCAAACGUCCUUUGUUGUCUGCUGCAGUGGUAGUUUGUUACUAUUUUUUUUUUAGCUUACCCUCCCCGUGGCGAGGGACUGAGAACAUGUGUGGACACCUGCCAGAUUUUAUCUGUCCACAGCCAAACUCUUCAUGAUUUUAAAAGGGGUCAAUGAUCCCCACUUUUAUAAUCAGCCCCAGCGCGUAGGGAGCACCCGCACAUGAAACCCUGCUCCCCAAAGUCUCUUCCAGUGCCUUGGUUCCAGCCCAGCCCUGACUGGCAGAGUGCCAGGACCCCAUCAAACUGGUGAGGGUGAUGUCUUAUUUUUGUGCCAGGGUAACUCCACAGGUGUCAAAAGGCAGCUUCCCAGGGCUAUGUCCACUGCAGAUUGUUAGAUGCAGCCAAAGGAAGUUCUUUGGCCUUUUACUCUGCAGCUCAAAGCAAACCCCAUUGGAUACACAGAUUCCUGAAUCCGCUCCUGUCCCCUGUGACUGUUGGGCCACACUGCCUCGCAGCUCCCUGUUGUGGCCCAUGUAGCUUUUCCUCCCUUCUGAGCUUUGUGCUGCUCCUGUCUGGCUAUUGCAACCCAGGGACUCAUGUCCCUGAGUCAGAACUGCAGCGGGCUCCCCUACCUGGGUGGGUUGCUGGCUGUGAAUCUUGUUAGCAUUGCGCCUUCCUGAGCAAUUGGGCCAAGCUGCUUUUAAUCAAGAAAUGGGCUGGACCUGGGCAGCCUCCUGGUCCCCAGAGCAUCUGGAUUCUGUGCCUCGGCCUGUCUCUGCUUUUACUUGUGUGCCUUGGAGGCUGCACCCUUCCUGGUGUUCCUCUCGCUCGUGCCUGUGGGCGCUUGCCGGGCCCAGCUGGGGAGGCUGAAACUGUCCACUAUAAUAGGGGCCAACUGAGCUGCAUUUCCCUGGCGUAACCCCUGACCUGGAGGCUGUGGGAGGGGAGACAUUCACCAGCACAAAGGGGACUUGGGGUCCCUGUUGACUUUCAGUGGGCAUCAGGCACCUGGCUGCCCUAUGUGCCUUUGAAAAUGGCCCCUCAGUAGCAAACCUGUUACAUGCCUGUCUGAACCCUGUCACAAAGCCGGAUAAUUCCUUGCUACAUCUUCACAUGGUUGUGGCUGCCCAAUGCCCCAGGCUGGGCUCAUGGGUGUGAGUGAGCAAAAUGCUCUCCCACCCCCACCCCCCAGCGCCGGACUUGCCUGGUGUCUCUGGAUGGCUGAACAUGAAAGUACUUAGAUUGUGAAUGUUUAAUUAAAAUAAUAUAUGGACAGGGGGGAAAUCCUCAGCCCCCAGUUUCUGCAGCUUCAUUCUGUUUUUGCUGGUGCUGGCUGGACCUAGGGCCGGUGCGAGGCCAAACUAGUGUAUCCCCCAGAGUCCCUUCUGGCCUUAAAAUCUCUGUGCUGUAUCCCGGAGGGAAGGCAUAGAGCCCAGAGGAGAGGCAGGGCUGGCUGCGGGGCCUGGUUUCUAACUGGUGCCUUGGCUUACCGCUGUGAUUCCACUUCAGACGCUGGAUGGGGUGGACCCAAAGGAGCUGGGGCAAUUGAGAUCUUGCUGCCUGGAAGGGAUUGGGCAGAGUACUAGGAUCCUGUUUCUGAGUCUCUCCAUAAGUGGGACCCAUGGGUGGGGAGGGGGAAUAGGGCUGGGACCCUGCAGUAAGAAGCUUGUGCAGCUGUAACCCCAGAGCCUAUUCCCCCAGGCUCCCCUGACAUGCUCUCUUCCUGGUGUGUUCCUUGUGGCUUUAUUCUCCAUGCCAUUCUCCCCCAGGACCACUGGGUCCUCUUAGCAAAACUUGUCCAAGUACCUCCAGCUGGGUUGCCUCCCUAUAAAACACACCUUGUCCUAAGUGACCUUUCCGGUCCCCCUCCCACCAAGCUUCAGCCAGGGGACCUUAAUCUGCUGAUACUAGUCACUGUUGUGCCUUUUAUUAGAUGCUCAUCAUCUCCAGAUACCCUCUGACCUUUAGAUUGAACUGACUGUACAGCAGGCUGCCAGCUUCAGUCUCCUCAUGCGCCCCCUCCCUGAUCCUGCUGGGGCUACCGAGAAGAGAGAACCUUACUCCCACACCCUGACCUCAGCCCUGAUGCUGGGGGUGGCUUUCUGCUCCUAUUGCCUUGGAGAUCCGAGAAGCCCAGAUCCUUUUGCAUGAGCUGCUUCUGUCAGAGACCCUCCCCGCCCAUUAAUAUGCAGGGGGCCUCUCCCACUCAGCCACAGCUGAAUCCCAGCUUCUCCCCCAGAGCAAUCUCUGAAUUGCUCCAGCCUAGGCCCUUUUUUUUGGGGGGGGGGUGUUUCUGAAAUGCUUCUCACCCCACCCCAUAAGCUGCACUCCAGUUCCCAUCAUGGUUUCUCCUUACACCCUGGCCUUGCAUGCCCCAGAUCCCAGCGGUCCAGCUACUGCAGUGCCUGAUGCCAGGCUGGCAGGGUGUGUGGAAGGAUGUGGCUGCAGCAGCAUCUUUCACAGGUAGGCGCUUCCUGUGUUCCCCAGGUCACCUGGUCGCAGCUAGUGGUGGAGGGUUUCUUUUUAGUAGUGAGGGUUGAACUUGAUGUGCAAGCACUGAGCAGCUUUACCAGUACCUGGGAUGUGGCUAGCUUGGUCCUACCAUCAGACGUCACUGCAGGUGUGCAGGGCUGGCCGGGGGGGGCAAGUGGGGCAAUUUGCCGCAGGCCCCGAGCCCCACAGGCCCCCUACGAGAAUAUAGUAUUCUAUAGUAUUGCAACUAUUUUUUUAUGGAAGGGGCCCCCCCAACUUGCUUUACCCCGGGCCCCCUGAAUCCUCUGGGCAGCUCUGCAGGUGUGACAGAGCCCAGAUCCCCUGGGGCAAGGAUGGGCAGAGCUUGUCUCUGAGAGCCUCACUGUUCUUGAGGAAAAGCUCCCCCACCCUGCCCAGGCGCUGGCUAUAAAAAGUCUCCCCUUUGCCAUUUGGAGUUAUGUUCUGCAGACACAGCACACAUCAAAGGGCACGCUGGAUGUCAGUGUGGCUCCAAGAGGUGCAUCUGUUCUGAUCCCAGGUGCAGGAGGAGACCUUUACUCACCAGCAGACCCAGCAAGGAAGCCACUCUUAGUUUGUCUGUGGCUGCGAGGGACUUUCAGGGUGGAGCAAACUUUUGUGAAGCCAGCACUAGCAUGCUAGCCCUCCGGCUACAGGGCUAGCAGCAGUGCGCAGAUUUCCUUGCCGCUGGUAUCCUGGGCAGCAUGGCAACUGUGGAUGCCACCUGUGCUGUGUUACUGUGAUUAGGGACACCUGUUAAGCAGGCUGCAGCCACCUCAACUCCUCCAGCAGCAGCCCUGCUACUGUGCUGUGCAAACUUACCUUAGGGCAGGAGACUAUAAGUCCCUUGUCCCCCCGCCCCCGUACAUCUAAUGCGAGUGCUGUGAGGGGCUCACUGAACAACAGAAAGGAGUGGAGGGGGCAAGGAUGGUCUCCGCCAAGCAGCUAGCGGACUUCGGGUACAAGGCCUUCUCCGGCUCCAUGAUGCUUCUGACCGUCUACGGGGGCUAUCUCUGCAGCGCCAGAGUUUACCGUUACUUCCAGCGCCAAAAAGCCCUGAAGCAGCUUGAACAGAACCCGCUAAACCCGGGGGCCAUGGAAGACUGAAUGCUGCUCCCUGGCUGACCGCCUGCUGAGAGACAUUUAAUGAGCAGCGCGGAGGCUGUGUUGAGAUUACUUCUGCUGCAGUAAUCAGGUAGCAAGUGCAACCCUUCCAGAUCACAGAUGAGGGCUAGCUUAGAUCAUCCGGGGUUUUCCUCCCGCACACGACGGUGUCUUGUUUCUCUGCACUAGCGAGAGGUUACAAAGUAACUCUGUGUAAGCAUGUUUUGAUCAUGUGAUAAUUAAAUAUUUUACUUAUUUA